CCGUUCCCGAGCCGAAACUUGAACAAGACGUUAGUGCGGGUGUUGGAGACAGCGGUUCCCGGAGCCACGCUGUUGGCUCCCGCGGGAAAGUGGCAAGAGAAAGGAGCGGACACCCUGACGGGUGUGACUCUACGACUUGGACACCGUGAGCUUCCUUCGGAAAGGCUUCGCCUGUGGGCUGCUUUCCUGUUGCAUCUUUGAUACCGCUUCCUAGACUCUGCUCUAUGAUUUAAUUUGGAAUUCUGAAAUGAAGAUGGAGGAGACAGUGGGAAAAGUAGAAGAACUCAUUGAGUCUGCAGCCCCACCAAAAACCUCUGAACAAGAGACAGUCAAGGAGGAAGAUGGUUCUGUAGAACUGGAAUCUCAAGUUCCGAAGGAUGGUGUAGCUGACUCUACAGUUCUUUCUUCAAUGCCCUGUUUGUUGAUGGAACUGAGAAGGGACUCUUCAGAGUCUCAGUUAGCAUCCACAGAGAGUGACAAGCCCACAACUGGCCGAGUUUAUGAGAGUGACUCCUCUAAUCAUUGCAUGCUUUCCCCUUCCUCUAGUGGUCACUUGGCUGAUUCAGAUACGUUGUCUUCUGUAGAAGAGAAUGAACCCUCUCAAGCAGAAACAACAGUAGAAGGAGAUACUUCAGGAGUGUCUGGUACCACUGUUGGGCGCAAGUCUAGACGGUCCCGUUCUGAAAGUGAAACAUCUACUAUGGCUGCCAAGAAAAACCGGCAAUCCAGUGAUAAGCAGAAUGGCAGAGUCACCAAGGUUAAAGGUCAUCGGAGCCAAAAGCACAAGGAAAGGAUCAGACUACUGAGGCAGAAACGGGAGGCUGCUGCAAGGAAGAAGUACAACCUGCUGCAGGACAGUAGUACCAGUGAUAGUGACCUGACUUGUGACUCAAGCACCAGCUCAUCAGAUGAUGAUGAAGAGAUUUCAGGGAGCAGCAAGACAAUCACUGCAGAGAUACCAGAUGGACCUCCAGUUGUAGCUCAUUAUGAUAUGUCUGACACCAGCUCUGACCCAGAAGUGGUAAAUGUGGACAAUUUAUUGGCGGCUGCAGUAGUUCAAGAGCACAGUAAUUCAGUAGGCGGCCAGAACACAGGAGCUACCUGGAGGACCAGCGAGCUUCUAGAGGCAGGUCAUUUGGAUCCAGGAUUCCUAGCAAGUGACAAAACAUCUGUUGGCAAUGCACCACUUAAUGAAGAAAUUAAUAUUGCCUCUUCAGAUAGUGAAGUGGAGAUUGUGGGUGUUCAGGAGCAUGCAAGGUGUGUUCACCCCCGAGGAGGUGUGAUACAGAGUGUUUCUUCCUGGAAGCAUGGCUCUGGCACGCAGUAUGUUGGCUCCCGGCAAACACAGUCAUGGACUGCUGUGACUCCCCAGCAGACUUGGGCCUCACCAGCAGAAGUUGUUGACCUUACCUUGGAUGAGGAUAGCAGACGUAAAUACCUACUGUAAUGCAAUGUCACUGUUUCUCUGCACUGUUCCCUCCCACUUCCUCCUCUUUUGACAUGGAAGUUCAUUGUCAUAGCUUCAGCUUCAGAAGCUGUUUGUGGCAUUUGUGGAAUUGAAAUUCAUGGUAACCUCCCCCCCCCUUUUUAUUAAAAUAUUCACUUAGGAAAAUAACUUAUCACAGAGAAAAUAAUUUUUUUCUUUUCCUCAAUAAGAAUAUGAGAAUGGUGGAUUUUAUUAGACAACUUCAUUUUGCUUGGUGACUUAUCUUAAAAAGUCAUCCUCCAUUUAGAAUAAUAUUUUACUUACUAGUCAAAAUGGAUUUCAGGUUUUGAAUCUUAUAUUUAUUUUUCUGUAUAAUGAAAUUAAUAUCUAGAUGUGACCACCCUCUGUCUGCCUCACUGUCACUCCUACCCUAGGGCAUUUGCACACAUAUCAGUCAGGUCCUUGCUGGCACCUGGUAGGGCAUGUGCAUUUAGAAUACCCUUCCUUAAAAGUGGAAGACAGAAGUAUUAUAAAAUAUAUUUUUUCUUUAGCUUACGUCUUCUGCCUUCUUUCCUGACAUAGCUCCUUAUAACUUGCCAUUACACAAAUAAUCGAGACGCCCCCCCCUUUAUUCCCAGAUACUAUUAAGGGGAUUCAGUUGGUCUCCUUGUUGCAAUAAUUCAUACUUCUUUGAGAGUUUCUGAAGAGUGCAUUGAGAGGUCAGUGGGGAAAUCUCUAUCUCUCAGCUUUUCCCCUGGAACAUGGAAACCUGUUACUUGAGUAGGAAGAACUUAAGAGGCUGUAUGACAUCCAAGUCUGUAGGCACUUGCAGAUCUGAGAGGGAAGUGCCUUCUUUUGUAGCUGGUUGCGCCAUAGAGGGUGUUUGACAACUGUUUAACUGGACCUCGUGUUGUGUUUGGGUAGUUUUCUUCGCCUUCUAAAAUAUAUACAUAAGAGAAAUGAAAAUAGACCAUAAGAAAUCAGAUGCAAAGCACAUUGAUAGUACUAUAAGUCUUACAGUAUCUAAAAGGAUUAGUAAAGGAUAAUAGACACUUCAGGGAAUUUAGGAAAUGCCAGCAGAGGAAUUUUGUGGCAUUAGUUACUUACUACCUUUUUUCCUAUAAUGUUGUAGUUACUAGUAAAGUAUUUUAAAAAAGCAAUACCUAGAAUUAGAAUACUAUGUAUUGUGAACAGGGGGGAGUGAAGUAAUAUUGUCUCAGAAGACUUCACGUUUUGUUUUUGUUUGCUUGUUACAUGCGGUGUUGCUGUGUCCUUUUGCUCCCUCAUUAUGCCUUGGUGGCUCUUCCUGAUCGUAGGAUGAGACCUACCAUUUUCAUUCAGUGCACACAUUGACCAGACCCAUUUGUUCUACAUAAAGCACUGUGUAGGGUGGAUGCUGUGGAGGCCCCGAGAGGAAUAAGACACAGCCUGCAUGCUCAUGCAUGAGUCUGCCUGGCAUUUUCUUUUUUCUUCCUCAAAGACAAGAUUAUUCCUUUAUUCUCCUUCUUGGUACUUCAGUUCUUCGGUAGAUCCCUUUGGUAGGUAUAUAUGUGAGCAUGUGUUCUUCAAUCUUUUCUGUAGUAUUCAUUUGAUCUGCCCUCUGUUCAUCAACUUUACAGUUUUUUCUUCAGUCUAUUACUAAUUAGGCUUGAAAAAUCAUGACUCUCCAGUUUCAGAACAUCAUUUAUCGCUCUCACCUGGCCACAAUCUUAGACAGAAACCAAAGACCCAGAGGCCAGAGUGAAACAGGACUUUGAAAAUUCAUUGCUGAUGUAUCUUUGGACCUUCACAUCUUGCUUUAGGAUUAAUUUAUUGAGUUUUACUGUUACACAUUUUUUUUUUACUUGAAUUAAAAUACUCAACAGAGGAGAGACGUAAUUUCUGGUCUUUGUUUUCCAGAAAAUCAAUGGUAAGAGAAUAUAGUGGAGUGUUUGACUUGAAGUUUUCGCAGCUUAUAUCUCCCCUAGUAUCAGGGCGCAGCCCCAUUUUAAAGAAUGUUUUUUGCAUUACUUUUUUUCAGGUUGAUAACAUUUUGUUCAAGUCUAUACAGCAGGUGAUUUUUCCCUGACCGUUUUUUAGUUCCUAUUAGCCAUCCCCCUAACUUUGGGUGCACUGUGGAUUGGCGACAGAAUGGAGUUGUAACCAAACUCUUUUCUGGCCCUUUGCCUUUAUCUUAGGUUGCACAAACAGAUACUUAUUCCGGAUACAGGUCCCUGACUACUUGACUUGGUGCAUCAAAACAGAGAUUCAGGCAUUAAUAUGCAACGAGUGAAGGGAUGCUUGAAGCAGUCGGCUCUCUCUAGGAAGUAUGGGACUUUCCCAUCUAAUAAUUAAUUAAGAGGGUGUUUGGACUCUCCCAUUAUUGUUACAUCUAGGAGAGUGGAAGUGUAGUUUCUGGCAAGGUGUUAAUCAAAUUCUGUGACAUAUAACUCUCCUAAUAAAGUAUUGUUUCCUAAUUAAAGUUUUACAUUUGGUAACCUAAGUAGUUGUUUAUGCUUUGCCAAGUCAUUGUUUGAGGGAUUCAGUGGGAUCACAGAUUGGUUUAUGUCACAAAUGUGGUUAAUUUCCCUUCCCCUCCAAUUUGAGAAAACCAGAGGAGCAGAAACCUGGUUGUUUGUCACUGUCGCAGCUCUGUGUGGCAACUACUGCUCUUUGUAGCUGUCUGUUCUUAUAGAUCAGUGGUUCACAACCCCUUUGAGGAUUGAAUGCCCUUUCACAGGGGCCUCCUAAGACCAUCUGUAUAUCAGAUAUUUACGUUACAGCUCAUAACAGUAGCAAAAUUACAGUUAUGAAGUAGCAAUGAAAAUAGUUUUAUGGUUGGGAACCAGCACAACAUGAAGAACUGUAUUACGGGCUCACAGCGUUAGGAUGUUGAAAAUCACUGGCAAAGACUAACUGGAUGCUGUCACUGGUAAGAGAACAGCCAUAGCAUGUGCUUGUCAGUCAGCACAGUUACAAGCAUGACCUGCCUGUUUUGCUAGUGUAGUCAUUUGUUCAUGGACUGUUAGCAGAUUAACACCAUGAGUAACUUAAGAUGAAUUCAUUGCUUGCUUUUUUGUUCUGUGUCACGCGGCUUGCAAAAGCCUAGGGCACAAUUUUGUUUUAGUUUUGACUUUUUUCUUUUUUUUUAAAGGCAAAGAGCUGAGCCCCAAUUCUGCUCUCCCGUAUGUGUGUGAUGUGACUUCCAUGUGUAUAUAAAAACUGUUGCACCCUAACCAAACUUCCUCAGAUUGUGCACUGUUUGUUUAAAAUAAUCACGUAUUUUAGUUCAAUGCUGUUGUAUUUUUUCUUUUUAUUUAAAACACUACUUAUUCUCUAACAAAUUUCAAAGGGUAGUGAUCUUAAAAAAAAUCACUGGAAGCUAGGAAAUGUUUUUGUUGUUGCUUUGUUCUUUAAAGAGUGCAAAGGUCACUGAAUCUUUUGCUCUUCUUACCUUGAACAUGAAUUGUCAGCCAUUGUAUGGCUAGGAACCAGUGCACUUGGAGUUAACAGAUCUGCUGUUGCUGGGGACUGAGUGCGGACUUGAUGCAGUGACGACAAAUCAUUGCGUAGAAGUAAUGUUUUCCAAAUGUGCAACUCAAGUUUGUAAAACGAGAUUUGGUUCUUUACACCAUUAUUUAGUUUUUGUUUCCAUUUAGUAUUUAAUGGUCUUUGGAGAAAAAAAAUAAACAGAGUGUUAUAUAUAUUUUUUUGGUGCAAGAUAAGAUUUUGUUUUUUGAAAUAAGUCUGUAGCAUAAAGGUUAAACUAUUUUAAGACAAAAUAAAAAUAGAGUGUAUUUAAACAA